AUGUUGAGCGGUUUUCAGUUGANUGGCAAUUUUAUACCUUUCGUCUUUUUGAUAAGCAUAGCAAACGACAUUGGUAUACCCAGCUCCAAAAGUGCUUUACUCAUUGGUUACCAGGCCUUCACGCAAACAGCUGCCCGAAUAGCGUUCGGAAGGCUUGGAAAUAGUCCACGAAUAGACAGAGUUGCAUCUGUUCAAAUCAUUGGUCUUGUUUUGGCUGUCAACGCGACACUGUUUCCUCUAGCUCGGAGUUAUUUGUCUUUAGUUGUGUAUGUUGUUGUGUUUGGACUUUUCGAUGGAUGCUUAGCUGUCAUGUUUGGGAUGGGAACUCUUUACAUUGUCGGGGAGAAGCUCGUAGGGCGUGCCUUUGGAAAUCUUUGUUUCGCAGCGGCCAUUGGAAAUGUCCUGGGGCCACCUGUGGCAGGCUUCAUCUUCGAUGUGUUCGGAAAAUACGACAUAGCAUUUUACCUUUCUGGAGCUGUCAUGACAUGUGGGGUAUGUCUUCUGUUUCUAGUGCCGUGGCUGAUGCCGACAAAAACAGAACUAUGUCAAGAAAAGGUUAUGCUUCUGAACGAGACUGAUAAAUUGACGAAAAAAUCAACGAAUUACGAGAGAGCUUCACGAACGAUUUACAGCUUUCCCACCGAAGCUGCUUUCUUUGCGCGGGCUGCGCACUGCGACCACGUGUUACAGCGUAGCGUUUCCAUGGAAAUGCUAAACCGAAGUGGUACGUCAACUUUAAUGAAGUCGGCAAUGUUUCGCGCAUGGUCAGCCGCUGCCCAGUUGCACUGCACUGAUUCGUUGAAUGAAUCAUCGGGUUAUGAAAGCGAUUCCAAUAGACAGAGCCCUUCUUCGCAGUCUAGCGAAAUCGUGGAUACGUCAGAGGAAAACAAGCUUGGUUCUGUAACCAUAGUAACACCGGCUUUGAGCUUUGACGAUCUUGAAGUAGUUGUUCAACAAGAGAAACUUGUAAAGGGAGGAUGGUACGCUAGUUCUAUGGACAUGUUUAGCGUAAUGUUUGAAAAUUCAUUAGAACACGAUGUGACUAGUCGUCCAGCUUCAAUUAGUGAUAACACAAGCAGUGGAAAAGACGUAACUACUGAUGGAAAAAUACAAAUAACAACACUUUUAUCUCAGGCAGAACUUGACUACAACUUGGAAAUUUGUCAAGAAACAGUUUUAUGAAAGGAUUUCGCAGGUGAAACACGAUUUAACUCAGGGACACUAUCACGGGAAUGAUAUUCAAAUUCAAACUUAAUUACAUAUUUUCACUGAUGGAAACCUAAAUAUAGUGGGCAAGUUUGGUUAAAAAUUAGUACGCGAGAGUACUGAAGUUAUACAAGGAGGGUCCACGGGUUUUUAAGGCUAAAAGUUGGCUUCUUCACAGCUAACUGUUAAUAUAUAUACUUUUCGGUUAACAGAAUUCUUAGAAAUUUUAUUGCAAUUGUUUUAAAAGUUUAAAAAAGAUAAUUUGCAUCGUUUUAAAAAGUUAAAAUUUAUUAUGGUUAUUUUAAAACAUAUUUAACGCUUAGGACCAUUCCGAGAUGGAACAAUUUAUUAUCAUUUACACCAACUAAACUAGUUUAACUAAAUCAGGUUUAUGUUUCUCCAAUUUGUCAAUUGUGCUUUGCUGUAAUUUUCAAACCACGUUGCUAAUAUGUUUUAAUCAAACAGGUUUUUACCUUGCUAAGUUGUUGGGUAAGCACGGUACGAGCAACUAAUUUUUAACCUUGUUUAGCUAAACCACUUUAAAACAAGUUUAACAUGUUGGUGUGAACAAGGUACAAGUCUCCCGUCUUUUCCAUGUACUACCGAACCACAAGACAAGGCUACAAAAAGUCUUAACAAGAGACCUUGAGACUCACUUUCGUGGCUAAAAUUGGUUUACCGUUAACAGUUACAAAUUUUCUAACUUUUACACCUAACGGCUAACGUUUUGGCCCGUUUUACGGCCAUUGAGACCCUCUAAAAGGAGUGAUACAAUGGGUUACGCACGCAGUGGGUUGUGUUGUCAAAUUGAAAAUGUCUGGCAAAUCAUUUUGUCAAAUUCUGUUGUCGUGUCUUAGAAAAAUUGCAAAAUACUAAUAACCAUUUGCUCUUCCUUUAAUAAUUCAGUUAGUAUCUCCAUCUUGAUGUUCUUAGAGCAUUUCUUUCACGAGGGAAUGCACUCAGUUAAAAAUUUUAGCACUGUAUCAACUAAAAAUCUAACAAAAUCGCCCUGAAAAAGCGUUUUUCUUUUGAGCGUCGAAAACUGAUUGAUUUUGAACUUACUACGCCAUACGAUUGGCUUAAAAAACGCGCGCCACUUUUUCAUCCAAUCAGAAGUAAAACCAAAACCAGUCGUGC